AUGUGGUCAUCCAUCCCUUUUUCUGUGGCCACAACUCUGCCGCAUUCUUCACAUCUCCACGCCCCACCCCCCGUUGUUUCAUCGGACCGACUGGAUGCAAGCAAAAGCUUGAACUUCUUGACUAAUUCUUCUGAAGCCGAAUGUUUUUUUGCUACAUAUCGCCAAAUUCUGCACCCAAAUCUUCAUCUGAUGCAAUGCGAAAACUCGACGAAAGCUGCAUUUUUCUCUUCCAGACGCCAGGAUCCCGAAGGUUUCCAGCUCCUCCUGGCUCCAUGGAACAUGACGAAUUCGACGCCAAGAUCGUGCUCUCCACCUCAACCUACUCUUCUGUUUUUUUCCCUACUUCCCGAAGGUUUCCAGCUCCUCCUGGCUCCAUGGAACACGACGAAUUCGACGCCAGGAUCAUGCUCUUGGCACCAGACAAUUUUUUUAAAGUUAUUUCUUUGA